AUGUCUCUGUCGGAUCCUAUUCUUCCCGAUGAAGAGAUAUUCGCGACACUCAAAGAGGCCGCGGACCGUGGGGUGACGUACUGGAACUCGGCCUCCUUCUAUGGCGCUGCGGACCCCCUCAGCAACAUCAAGCUCCUGGGCCGCUUCUUUGCCAAGUACCCCGAAUAUAUUGAUAAGAUCACGAUUGGCGUCAAGGGUGGCUUCCAUGGCAUAGGCGAUCUGAGCCGGACAGACUGCUCCGAGGAGAAUCUGCGCUUUGAGCUGAAUGAGAUCCGCAAGUGCCUCGGAUCCAAGAAGAUUGACAUUUACGGUCCCGGUCGCAAAGAUAUGUCGCGUCCCCAGGAGGUCACUAUGCAAACUCUCCACAAGCUGCAGAAAGAAGGUCUCUUCUCGCACAUCGGCCUCAGCGAGGUGAACGGCGCCACAGUCCGUGCGUCCCAUGCAGUGUGCCCUAUCGCGACGGUGGAAGUGGAAUAUAAUCCCUUUACGCUUGACAUUGAGCACAACGAUGUGAUGGCAGCUUGCCGGGACCUCGACAUCGCCAUUGUUGCCUAUUCGCCGCUCGGCUGGGGCUUCUUCACAGGGGCCACUAAAGGUGCCGCCGGCGAAGCUCUGCAACAGUCCCGAGGGAUGUUUGAACGGUUCAAUGGCGAUAAUUUCCACAAAAACGCUGCACUGGCCGACCAGAUCGAAGCACUCGCCUCCAAACAUGGCUAUGGGCCCACCGAGCUCGUGCUGGCAUGGGAGCUGCAGCAAUACCCGAAGCUGAUUCCUAUCCCCGGCACGACCAAGACACCCAACCUUCUGAAAAAUAUUCGCGGCGCUCAUGUGUCUCUGUCGCCUGAGCUGGCCGCCGAAUUCCGCCGCUUGGUCAACGACUUGAGCGCUCAAGUGGCCGGUGGACGCUACAACGCGUACCUACGCGACACACUGUCUCGUUAG